AUAUUUUAGAAUCGAUGAAACAAAUAAACGCGAAGAUGGAGAGUACAGUUCGGAUGACGAUGGAAUCAGUACAAAACGUCAAAGUGAUCUUCCAUCAUCUCUCUCGUCUUCCUUUAAUUUUAUCCGGCAGCAGACAAAAUUAAGAAAAAGUGCCGAUAAUAUGUCAUCAAAUGAGCGCAAUACAUUUAUGAAUUUUGCUACAGCUGUUUUGAAUACAAGAGUGGCAAACACUAAUGCAAAAUCAACUCCUUCGAAACAAAUUCCAGCAACAACGACUACACCACAGCAUCAGUCAUCGCAUCAACAAAUUAGUCUUGAAAAUAGCGAUGAUGGAGAAGAAGAUUUUAGUGUUAUGAAACUCAUUCGUCCAUUAAAACUAUUUCAUCUAAAUUCAAAUACAACGAAAGAAUAUCGCGAAUAUUUACAGAAAAACUAUAAAAGUAUUCGUUCUAUUUGUAAUAAACCACAAUGUAAUUUUUUAUCCAAUCUUAGUUCCAUCGAAGAACUAAAACGAAGACAAAAAAUAAUUCAUAUCAAGUAAGCAUUCGAUUUUCUUAUCGUUUUGCUCAUUAGACGCGAAUAAAUUAUGAUAGAACUAUUAUUAGGAACAUAUAGAAAGUCUCAUUUGUUGGGAAAAGGAAAUAGAAGUGAUGAAUAAUUUUCUUCCAGAAAUGGUAUGCAAUUUAAUUCUUUAUACCUUUCGGGAGUCAAAAAUGAAAAAAACACAUUUUUUUUCAAUAAUAGACAGUACUCCAAAAAAUUACUCUCCAAAGUUACUUUAUUAUUAAAUAGACGGUUUCGUAA